AUGGCAGCUGAGGCUUACAGCCCCUCUGAAGGUGGCCACCUGCCUCCGCCAGGAGGCUUAGCCCUUGCUCACUUGGAUGACUCUGAUAGACUAAGUAGAUCCUACCCCACGGCGAGCAAGAGCAGGAAAAGUCGGCUCUCUCAACUCUGCCGGCUUAGAGCAUCUCUGUCUGGUGAGUGCGGGGAGAAAUGGAGCUCUUACUGUUUGUCUUCACUGGCAGCUCAUAACCUUUGUACCAGCAAAACUGGUAACUCCUGGGCUCAGUGGGGUUCUGCCUCUCUCUCCACUUCCCUUGGAAGUUCUGCUUCUUGCUCCUUUUUGCACACCCUGGCCGUGGAGGAACCCAGCCAGCACCUCCCGACUGCUGCGCACAAUCGAAACAAAGCCAUCUUCACCGUGGAUGUCCACACAACAGAGAUCCUAGUGGCUAACGACAAAGCCUGCAAGCUGCUUGGGUGCAGUAGUCAGGAACUCAUUGGCCAAAAGCUGUCUCGCUUGAUAUCCAAAUCCAGUCAAGAGCUAUGGGAAGCGGUGGGUGAGGAGUACAUAGAAACUGGUGAACGUUCGUCGGUGUUUUCAGGAACUGUGGUCGAUGUUGUAGGCCGUCUCAAGGAGAAGAUCCCAGUCUCUGUCUGGCUGAGGCGAGUAAGAAGCAAGGACAACCAGCGCUGUGUGGUUGUGCUGGAACCAGUGGAAAGACUUUCAGCUUCUGUUUCCUUCAGGGUCAAUGGAGAGAUUACAUCAUGUGACCUCCUUUUUGCCCAUCUCCAUGGCUACCCAACCCUGGAAGAAGUAGUUGGGCUCCACAUAAAGGACGUGAUUCCUUCUGUGCAGAUCCCUCCUCUAGGCAAAAAAAUCCCAAAGAACCUCAGGAUCCAGCAAGCUGUAGGCCGAUCCAGAGAAGGCAACAUGUUUCCUCUCAGCUUAAAGCUGCAAGUAAGCCUUCUGGAGGAGGACCAAGCGGCGGUGCAAGAAGAUGGUGUUCCGCAGGCAGGAAAAGAAGAGUCCUUCCCAGACUGUCACUACUCUGCUGCAGUCGUGGUUUUCUCCACCAUCAGUGGUCUUAUUACUGUCCGGUCAGAUGGAACCAUCUGUGGCAUCAAAGAUAGUUUUGCUUUAACGCUCUUUGGCUAUGAGAAGAAAGAACUGUUGGGAAAGAACAUUACGUUCCUGAUCCCUGGUUUCUAUAACAACAUGGAGAGAAGCAGUGCCUGUUCCUUGCCAUUGCCUCCUCUCGACGACUCCAUGGGGACAGAGAACAGCAGCUUCUUGGCUGCAUCUUCAGCAAGACUUCUGUCGAGAGAUGAAGAGCAGAAAUUGGAACAAAGACGCAGAGAUGACGAAUUAAUACAUGACGGGACUCAACAAAAGAAUGGGACCAGUUUAUUUUCUACUCCCUCACCUCCUAAAGUGGCAUCCACACCCUCUAAUAGUCUAGAAGACCACCUAGAUACCGCAUCCUGUGGCCCAGUUAAGCUGCCUCCCGAUGUGACUUGUAACUCACCUGGAACACCAACAAUAGAUGAGCCAUGGUCUGGGACAACACCUGGCUGCAGACAAGGCUUUCUAAGCCACAUGGUUACAGGGCAGUUGUCAGAAACAAACUCGAUGUGUGAUGCAAAACGUUCCAGCCUUGAGCAUGCUGUCGUUGAAAACUGCCUGCUAAAGGAUGCUUCAUCCUUCAUUGUGAGUGGAAGAAAUAACAUCCAUGAUGUUUGCUCAGGAAGCAAAAUGGGUUGCAGUGCUUCUGCACCAGGAGUUGCCACAACCUCUGAAGAUGUAUCAGACGCUGAGCUGAACUGUAUUUGUGCUGGUCUGGAGGUACUGGGUCUGAAUACUGGUGUCAAGGGGAACUCAGACAAUUGUUCAGGUAUUACUGCAGCUCUUGUAGGAGCAUCCUCCUCUAAUGCAGCGGACCCGGCUGUAGGCAACACGGAAACUCAGAAAAACUGUGCCUUUUCAACUGGGCAAGAAAAGCAGCUGUUCAGUGGUGCUGCCUCAGAAGAUGAUUCUGGGUGGCUGGCCUCCCAAAGGCAUUUAGAAAACUCCGAAGAAUCCUCUAGAGCAGAAACAGAAACAGAGACCGUGGAGGACAACGGCAACAGAAACCCCCUGAAAAGCAAAGGCAGUCCUGAAGACAACUGUCAGUUGCAUGGGCAGCAAAAUAUGGAGAUAAAAGUAACAUCGACCCCAGUGAAACAAGAAGGGAGGGUGAAUCCAGCAGCUCCUUUGACCUUGGAGAUCCUGGAAGGCUGCUAUACUGGGAAUUGCUGUCACAGAGAUGGUUCACAAUUAAGUAUACUCUUUGAAGUGAAAUGUGUAGAGCUGCAGGAGCCCGCCAUGCUUUUCUGUGUCUGGGUGGUGAAAGACCUUCUACAGAGCCAGAGAGAAGCUGUAGCAAGGACUCAGCUCUUGCUCUCCAGCCUAGCAAGCUCUGCCCAGUCUAUUGCAGAUCUUUCUACACGUAGUCUUGGAGAUGCCAUCAGAUCCACUUCGCUUUUUGAGAGUUCCCGAAGAACUGAAGAGCUUGAAGGAUUAAGGGCAUGUGAGGGAGAAUAUGCAAAAAAUUACAGCACUCUCAGUCUUAUUGGCAAAGGAUCUUUUGGCUUUGUCUGGACUGCCAGGAGCAAGAAAGAUCAUCAGGAGGUGGUCGUGAAGUUCAUCUGGAAGGAGAGGGUACUUGAGGACUGCUGGGUAGAUGAUCCUGACCUGGGGAGAGUUACUCAAGAAAUUGCAAUCCUGUUGAAGCUGCAGCACCCCAGUAUCAUUAAGGUGCUGGAUGUAUUUGAAAAUGAACACUUCUUCCAGCUGGUGAUGGAGAAGCACGGAUCUGGGCUGGACCUCUUCACAUUCAUUGAUAAUCGACCCAACCUGGAUGAGCCGUUAGCGAGCUAUAUAUUCAGACAGCUUGUAUCAGCUGUCGGGUAUCUCCACUGCAGAAACAUCCUUCACAGAGAUAUCAAGGAUGAAAAUAUUGUCAUUGCUGAAGAUUUCACAAUCAAAUUAGUGGACUUUGGUUCAGCUGCCUACCUGGAACCUGGCAAACUGUUUUAUACCUUCUGUGGGACGAUUGAGUACUGCUCACCAGAAGUGCUCUCUGGCAAACCGUACCACGGCCCUGAGCUGGAGAUGUGGUCACUCGGUGUCACCCUUUACACCCUCGUAUUCGGAGAGAAUCCCUUCUGUGAGCUCGAGGAGGCCAUGGCAGCUGUCCUGAGUCCUCCUCGGCCUGUGUCAAAAGGUCUCGGGGAUCUCCUGGCUGGGCUUUUGCACCCCAUUCCAGAGCAGCGCACGACUCUGGCAAUGGUAGUAGAGGAUCGUUGGCUGAAGCAGCCUGUGAACCUGGGGGAUUAUACCUGGGAAGAGGUGUACGCUGCUGCUGGGACAG